AUGGUCGGCCCAACCGCAACUCUGACCCCUCUUGCUCGCGCUGAUGGCUCGGCUUCCUAUCUGUGUCCCUCCACUGGAUCCAAUAUCCUGGGCUCUGUCAAUGCCCCCGUCGAGCUUCCCGGACGCCGAGAUGCCUUGAAGCCCGAAGAAGCGACCGUGGAAGUAUUUGUUAAGCCGGGCACUGCACCUGCUGGUGUGAGCGAACGGUACGUCGAGGGAAUCAUCAAGGGAGUCCUCGGAAGAUUGAUCUUGGGACGCGAGAGGGGCUACCCUCGGCGUGGUGUCGUGGUCACGCUAGCCAUCGUCGGAGGUGGGAGUGUAGGAAGAGGAGAACCGUAUCUGACUCUUCUGCCCGCGCUACUUCAUACCGCCCUUCUUGCCUUGCUAUCGGCCGCUGUUCCCCUAUCCAUGACCUUCUCUGCGACUGUUCUGGCCGUCGAUGCAUCAGGUGAAAUCACCCGGGAGCCGUCGACCCAACAGGCAGCCACCGCCAAAUCCCUCCACGCCCUAGCCUUCUCGUCCAAGGGCCAUCUGCUGCUGAAUGAGAGCUCAGGGGCUUUUGACUUUGAGACGUGGGAGAAGGUCCACCAGCGCGCGUCAGCGAUCUGUCACGGCACACCGGCCGUUGGCACUGAUGGAGACAUUGCCAUGGUGGAGGAUGUAGAUGGCCAGCCCCUGGAGGGGAUCAUGCGCGAGUCCGUUGAGGAUCAGGUCCACCGCGACUACGCCUGGAAGAUCGAUGCUGCUUGA